AUGGAAGAAAGAGAGAUAAUGCGGCAAGUUCUGAGAGUGACACCUUCAAAAUUUGACGCUCUUACCUUAUCUAUGGAACAAUAUAUUGAUUUGGAUAAAAUCAGCCUCGACGAAGUCAUUGGAUCUCUGACUGUCCAUGAGUUGCAGCUCAAGGAGCGAGAGUCCCGGGAGGAGGAGCAGACAUUGCUUGCCAGAGCGUUGAGCAAAGGGAAAAUCACGAGUGAGGAGGAGUCCUCAUCUCACAAAAGAGGUCGACAUCAUGUCCGCGGCAAAAGCAGAGGAAGAGGCCAUGGCCAAGGUUGACAUCCUCCUCCUGAUGAAGGUAAAAAGAACUUCAAUAAAUCUCAAAUACAAUGUUAUAACUGUGAGAAAUAUGACCAUUUCGCUUACAAAUGUCAAAGUGCCAAGAAGGUGACGCCUAACCAACCAUAUGUUGCUGCGUCCACAAAGAAGCCUAAAGUAUCUUCACUUCUGAUGAUGAUUUGGUAGAACACAAUGAGUUAUUACUUCAAGGCUUAGAGACUAAGCUCAAAGAUCCGGAGUUGUGGUAUCUUGAUACUGCAGCUACUCAUCACAUGACCAGAAGGAGAAAUUAUUUCUCGAAUCUUGAUGAAUCAGCCUCUGAAUUUGUCAAAAUCGGUGAGUCCUUGUUCAUCAGAAGGAUGGAAAGAAAAUUCACUUUGGUAAUAUUCUCUUUGUUCCCAAAUUAUGUGCUAAUAUUAUAAGUUUAGGUAGAUUAGAUGAAGAAGGCUACAAGAUGGUCAUGUAUGGAGGCUGAUUGACCAUUUUUGACCAAGAUGGAGCACUGUUAGUAGAAGUUCAUUGAAUAGAUGGGAAGCUUUAUUUGCUCAAGCUAAAUGUGAUAAAACAAUGUCUAAUCACUAAAGAAAAUGAAACUACAAGUCGGCUAUGA